AUGACUCACCGCGCCGCCGCCGCCGCGCUUCGCCGGUUCUUCCGGCGAUGCUCCUCGCGCGCGGGCACCGCCGCGGUGAGUCGGAUUGACGCCGAGGUAUCGGCCUUGGAUGUCAUCGUGGGCCACACGGAGCGUUCGGGACGAGGGGUCUACGCCGGCAGGGACUUCGCGAUGGGCGAAGUCGUCAUUCAUCGCGCGGAACCGCUGGUCGCGCACCCGACGCUGCGAAACCUCCGCACGUCGUGCUACCACUGCCUCAAACCCCUCGCGGCGGUCCCUCGCGAGUCGCACGUUCCGACGCACGGCGGCCGCGCCGGCGGUGGAGCCGCGGGUCACUUCUGUGGCGAGCCGUGCGCGGACGCCGCGCGGACCUCGUACCACGACGCCGAAACCGCCGCGGGAGACGCCGUCGCCCCGCUGGUGGCGCACUGCCGGCAACACGGACUCAAGUUCCCGCUCGCGGCGGCGCGCAUGGCGUUCGCGAUAGCGCAGGGUAACGCGACGCCGCGCGACGCCGACGCGUUGGUUCGCGUCAACUUCCCGCGCGGCGUCGCGCCCGGCGCGUGGCUGGACGAGCACGCGAUGAUUUCGCUCGCGCUCGCCAGGGGAGACGCGGUGCGCGGGGGCGCGUUCGGCGGUCGGUCGUCGGAGGUGACCGCGGAGUGGUACGUCGGGGUGGUGUCGCGGAUGCAUCUAAACGCGUUCAGGGUGGAGAUACCGCCGCCGGCGGUCGGACACCGCGACGACGACGACACAGCUGGCGACGCGCACGACUGCGACGACCACGUGAGUUGCAAUCACCACUCGCACCGUUCCCCGGCCGCCUCUUCGUUCAAGGCAUCGCUCGAGGCGGCGUUGGCGUCCUCGGAGACGGGCGACGCGGCCGGUACGGCGACGUACCUCGCGCCGUCGCUGUUCAACCACAGCUGCGAUCCAAACGUGGACGUCGAUUGGGUGAGCGGCGACGCGGGGAUGCGGGCGCGGACGAGGGUCGACGUAGCGAAAGGUACGGAGCUCACGAUAUGUUACACGGACGGCGGCGCGCCGGUGGACGCCAGGCGCGGGGCGCUGGAGCACGCGUACGGGUUCGUGUGUCGAUGCGAGCGAUGCGUCGAGGAGGGGGGGUAA